AGAAAAAAGAAAAGGGAAAAAGAAAGAAGGAAAAUCCAGGUAGGAGUUACAACGGUCUAAAAAUCCGUUAGGGAGUAAAUGGUGGAGGCAGGGGUGAGUGUAAGCAUCUGACUACAUUCUUGGACGUUGCUUCCCUCCCAACUCUCUCACUUUUGCUUCCCUCCCUCCCACCUCUCACUCACUUUGGCUUUCCCUCUCAACUCUCAAUUUCUCUCUCCUAUCAGCGUUACAAGUCUCCAUCAUCUUUUUCAUCUUCUGUGAAUAAAAAAUAAAAAUGGAGGCUGCAAAAAUAGAGUGGAAAAGCAUAGAGUCAAUAUUCGUGGUGGAUCAAGUAUUCGAGAACAUCAAUGCUCCUCAGUGGGUUGAUUUCUUGGCUUCUCCUUCUUCCCCUGCCGAUGAUGUUGCUUGGUUUUGUCGUCCUGAUUGUAAGCAUCCUGCAACUGCUGAAGAUUUCCUAACUUCAACCCCUUCUUCUUCUUCCAAGCUUUUAAGAUCUGUUAGUGUUUCCAAGCUCAUUGGACUUGCCGAUUGGACUCGCAGGGAGGCGACGAAUUUGAAGAGGCGCGGAGCCGCGAAUCAAUUAUCCGGUGUCGCAAAUGAGGAGGAUUCUGAAAAUCAAAACCCUAAUUUCUCAACUCCUCCUCCUAAUCACAAUCAAAUUAAAUAUUACAACAAGGCUGAAAUCAAGUCCAGCGCCCCAAAGGAUGACUAUUCUGAGAUUAUGCUUCACAGUGAUGAUAAACCCAGGUUAAAGGCCACUCUUUCGGCUAAGGAUUUGUUUGGUGGGAGGGACCUUUUUGGCAAAAUUACCGAUUUCUGUAACGAUUUGAAGAAAAUGGCCGGAACUACCACGUCUACCAGGCUCAAGGAGACAGAGCAUAUAAAGACGCAGGAGGAGGAGCAACACCAACAACUAGGUCCUCUCAAAUUCAAUUCCAACCAGCCUUACAAACCAUUAGGUCCCGCCACCACCAUUGUCGCCCCGACGAAAAUACAGGAUGCUUUAGCUUCCCGCGUGGACAAGAAGAUGAAUGAGAGAGAUAAGGAAAGGAAACCUUUUCUUGAGGUUAAAUUUGAAGCUGGAGAGAAAACCAAUUGCAAGUCCAAGCUCAGGAACAAGAUCAUGAGGGAUGACGAAGCAGAGAAUAUCCCUAUUUCUCUGGAUUUGAACAAUGUAAAGCGCGAGACAAAGAUAUUGCCAAUACGGACAAAUCCUCCUACGCCUCAAGGUUUUUCAGCCACUCGUGAUCCUAUCAAGGCCACGCCUUCAAAGGGCCCAAAGUCCAAACUCGCAGAGAGAGAGAUAUUUCAAGAAUUGGGCCAGAACAAGACACUUAGGGAAGAGCUUGAUGAUAAGAAGGAAAAUGGGAAUGCAUCACUUUCUGCUGCAAAACAAGGAAGAACUUUGGAUGUCUUUUGGUUUUUGAAGCCCUGCACACUGUCCAGCUAAUCAACAAAAAUCAACAAAGUUUUAAGCAUAAUCAUUCUUUCUAUUUUCGUUUCUGUCAUAAUCAUUCUUUCAAAUUGUUCAUCUGUCAUAAUCAUUCUUUCAAUUUGUUCAUCUAUCAUAGGUUUAGGGAGGAAAGAAGAAACGAAUCCCAAUUAUCCAUUCAGUUUGUCACAUAGUCGUACAUGAAUAGGUUUAUAUUCUUUCAAAUGUUCAAUAUUCAUUUGUCAGUGAUGAUCUAAUAAAAGAGGUAAACUUUUCAAGCA